AUGCCUCCUAAACGCAUGACGGCGAACCCCGUUAGGCCGGCGCGACACAGGCCCGGCAAGCCAGCCGGCGGCGACUCGUCCUCCUCAGACUCAGAAGACGAAGGGUCCGGAGAGGAGGAGCAGGCCGCCGUCCCUCCGCCGCCGAAAGCCACCAGCGCCGGCAGGAUCGUCAGCAACCUGGGGAAGGUGGACCUCAACGCGCGCAGAACGGAGGCCGAGACAAAAGAGCAGAAACGGAUCGCGGCGGAAAGAGCAGAGCGGCUGGCGGCGGAGGAAGGCUUCGUGACGGAGGAGGAGGGUGAAUCUUCCGAAGAGGAGGUCGAUGACGACGACGAGGAAAGCGGCUCUUCCGAGGAGGAGAGUAGUGAAGAGGAGGAGGAGGCGCCCCGCCGCCUGAUGAUGCGACCCAAGUUCAUCCCCAAGAACCAGCGAGGCAAGGCCAACGAGCAGGAGAAGGAGGAGGCGGCGCGCCUGGCCGAGGAGGAAGCACGCAGGAAGGCGGCCGACCAGCUCGUCGAGGACCAGAUCAAGAAGGACCUCGAGGCGCGCGCGGCGGGGAAGAAGCACUGGGACGACGAGAACAACGAGGAGUCGGACGUCGACACGACGGACGGUCUGGAUCCCGAGGCGGAGGAGGCUGCGUGGCGCGUUCGCGAGCUGAAGCGAUUGAAGCGGGCGCGCACCGCCAUCGAGGAGCGCGAGGCCGAGCUGGCCGAAGUCGAGCGCCGCAAGAACCUCACCGAGGAGGAGCGGCAGGCAGAAGACGAGGCGCACAUUGCGAGACAAAAGGAGGAGAAGGAGGGCAAGGGCAAGAUGUCGUACAUGCAGCGGUACUUCCACAAGGGCGCAUUCUUCCAAGAGGAGUCUGAGGCGGCUGGUCUGCUUCAGCGUGAUAUCAUGGGAAGUCGUAUCCAGGACGAUGUUCGGAAUCGUGAGGCUCUUCCGGAGUUCUUGCAACGGAGAGACAUGACCAAGCUAGGAAAGAAGGGUGCCACAAGAUACAAGGAUAUGAGGACCGAGGACACUGGUCGCUGGGGUCAGUUCGAUGAUGGGAGACGGAGAGGGGGGGAGGGCAGGUUUGGUGGCGAUGAUCGGUUCCAGCCAGAUGACGACCGGUUCAGACCCGACGACGAGAGAGGUGCUAAAGGCGCGAAUGCCAUCCCGCUGGGUGAUCGUAAAGAGAGACGCGACGACAGGCGGGAUGACAGACGGGACCGACACAGCCACCACUCAAGAGACCGUUCACGAGAUGACGAGAGGCGGCGUGCUAGAUCACGCUCAAGAUCACCUCGGAGAGAUCGUGACCGGGAUCGUGAUCAUGAGGAUCAUAGAACUCGCCGGAAACGAAGCACUUCCCGCGAAGGGGACAGAUACGACGGCGACAAGAGACGCAAAGUCGACAGCAGGUGA